AUGCUUUCGCACCUUCGUUUCCACAGACGGGCUCCCUCGAACCCAACAUCACCAAUCCCAGACCAAGGGAGCCCUUGGGAAACAAAUCAGAACCAAGACCUCCCUCAGCCCAUUCAAGAUGCACCUUCACAGCAAGGUUCGCGCCCUCGCUCUUCGCAUGCGGCGACCGGUGCACCGCCAACGCUCCCACCAAUACCUCGAGUCACGUCCGAGAGCGAAAUGCUUUUCGACAAGAGCGAGCAACAGAGUACGACUUUAGCACAUUCAAAAUCACCCCCGCAACAUCGCGCCUCCAAUGGCGGGGGUGGUGAGAGGGAAUCGGGUUUCAUGGGGGGUGUUGCGCUGCAGAACUACCGUCUGAGUCUCCAGCAGGCUCAACAGCACGCUGCCAAUGCACCCAGCACGACCACGGUACCGAGACUGCCGGAAAGCGCCCUUACACGAUCGAAACCGCCACCUCCGCCAAUUAAUACCGGUCGCCCUUCGCAGCCCAAGGCAUCCUCUUUCGUUGCCCCGACUGAACUUUACGGGUCGCAGUCAGGCAGUAGUAGAAGACCAGCUGGGACCAGGCUGGCAACUGAGCCGGCCACUCUGGCACAGCUUAAUGGCGUAGGUUUAUCGCCGGUGAUUGAGCCACAAAAACCAAAGAAGGGUUUACCAUUUCUAAAGAAUCCAAUGUCGACGCUGCUCGCGCGACGAAAAACGGCGCAAAACGCAGCCGAUAUCGCGCCUAUCCUAAAAUCAACGCGCACCUCAGAACCGGUAUAUGACCCAAGGAUAAGGGGCACACGGGUACACGAUUUCAGCGCGCCGCGCCCUCGGCGUGUCGUGUCGACCAUGCCAGACCAGAUGGCAGCACCAACUACGGCUCCCCCGCCGCCGCCAGCACCGACUACGGAGCCUCCGGCACCACCGCAGAGAUCCCUAUCAGGUAACAUCCCCGACCUUCAAGACAUAGGUAAAGCUGUGACACAGUCUCCGGACGAGGACGUUCCACCCGAGAUUCCAGCACGUGCUUCAAGCAGACCCACUUCAAAACACCACUCCGAAGCUGCUUUGCAAGCCACGGCGUCAGAAGAAGCAAAUCGGGAAAAAAUGGGUGACGUUUCCGAGAUUGAUGAUCAGGUGAGGCGGUUUUCCUUGGAGGAGAGGACGGUGUCCGCCGGCUCAGUACCACCAGUCCCGCCAAAGUCCAAAUCAAGGAUUGCGCCAGAGAAAGGCGCGGUUCCCCAACCAAAGGCCAGUCCUUCAAUGAGAACCAUUAUGUCUCGCAAUGCAUCUGCUUCUGCCCGAUCCAUUCGGGACGGGACUUUGACCGCUCUUCCGAAGCAUAUGAAGAGCACAUCAUCACGAUUCAGUUUCGACAUGGUUGGUGCCGCAAAACAGGAAAAACUACUCGAAGAGCGCCAUCGGCAACGGGAGUUGGAGCGGCAGGAUGAUGAACCUGACGAACCUGGGUAUCGCGACUCUAGGUUUGACGAUAUUGACGAUUUUGACUACGACGCCAUGAUGGAUGACGAUGGCUUCGAAGAAAGGAUACCGGGCGUCAACACUGAUGCCGAGGAUUUCGACUAUAUGUAUGGUGAAGAGGAGAUACCUAUGACAGGGGAGGAUGACUAUCUCUCGGGGGCUGGCGAUAAUGGUUUUGAGUCUGAGGAGGCCAGGCUGGAUCCUGAUAAUGACCAGGAGAACUUUUCUGGGUUUGUCUUCCAAAGAUCAAAUCCGGUCUCGACUCUGACUAGCCCAACUACACCUGGGAUGCUCGUCACACCAAGAGACGACAGUGGAAAGGUGAUUGGUUUUGCCAUGACGAAAGACUCCGGCACCCCAGGUCUACAUGGCCAGCAUCUACUAUCACCUUCACUUCAUGAGGCCCCAAUCGCUUCUCCCAGAAGCGAAACUGCGAUUUCCGGACUCGGAAUCGUCAACUUUCCGCCAACGUCCUUGGGAGAAGAAGAGGAAUUUCUGCAGAGUGAAGUUCAUGAACAGCAGCAGGCCUCGACCUUUGGAGUGCAAGCACCGAAAGCCAGGGGCGACGAACUCUACUACGACGGAGGCUUUGUCGGAGAUUUUGCUGAUGAGCUUAACUUUGAGCAUCAAAAUCCUAGUGGCGAACCUUUUGACGAGUCCAUUUUCGAUCUUGACGAUACGGAUCGAUAUGGCCGUCCACUACCGGGAGUGUUCGCACAGGUACAGGCCCAGCGCGCAGCGGAAAGGGAAGCUUCGGCAGCAAAGAGAGAAUCGGACCAGACCUCUCACUUGUCGGGGCAGUCUAUCUUGUCACAGUCGCCAAGGGCUUCUUCUAUUAGCACUAGCUUGGCGGCGGCUCCAGCAUAUGAAGAAGUCGGCGGCCCAUCAGCCAAGGCCGAUGCCGAGUCGUCGGUAAAUGUAGAUCAGCCUUCGGAGGAGUUAGGGCCUAAACUGGUGUCCCCUGCCCCUUCCAGUCGGGAUGCCCUCUAUCAGGCGGCACUUGCAGAGGCAGCCAACAAGGCUGCAGCUUCUGGAAAGUUUCGUCGCGACUCGUCACCGCCACCUAUUCCAACAGAUCUUCUUGUGACGUCGCCCACAACUGGGUCUGAGGCGCCACCAUCUGGACGAUCAGGCAUUGAUGCUUUUGCGGAUGACGAUAUUUAUCAAGACGACCCCUAUUCUCAGCCCAUGGACGAUUAUGAUGAUAUGGAUGGAUAUGAAUUUGAUGACGACGACAUAGUUGCCGAGGCUAACGCCUCCGCACUUGCCAAUGACCAAGAUGGCUUCUAUGGGCAAGAGUUUGGAUUCUACUCGAAUGCGCCAUCCCAGUACGGUCAGCAUGGGCACAAUUACGCAAGCGGUUCCAACAGCCAUGCCGCACUUAGCAAAGAGAAUCUUUACGAAUAUGCAAACGGAGGCUUUUUCGGGCCGUCGGGUGGUCUCGAGCGAAGCAAAAGCGGACGCGUCGUCUGUCGGGAACCAAACCUCACCCCCAUUACAGAACGGUCCGAAUACUCGAAUAGGAACUCCAUUAUGUCACUAGGCCUACCGUCCGCCAGCCUCAACAGUGCGCAUCCGGAUCGCAACUUGCAUAGUCCAGGUCUUGCCCAGCUUGCCAUGAUGGACGACGGUGAUAUGUCUCUUUCGUCGCUGUUGCGACUACGGUCACGUGCAUUUGGUGGCUCGCAAGCCAGCCUGGUGAGCAGUCGUGGAGACGGCGGCAGCCCCCGCUCCGAAAGGCCUGCAGAUGGUCUAGUCUCACCGUGGUCGCCGCCCGGGCAGGGUCCUCCGCUUUCCGCAGGUCUGCCCUACCUCGGCGUUAACCACGGACGCAAGAAUUCUGUCCUGUCGGCUCAUAGUAGAGACUCGGAUGCGGGCAGCAUGGCGGGGAGCCCUACCAUGACCAUGAACAUGUCAUUCCCGACCCCACAGUCGCCGUCAUCUCUGGCGCCACCUUCGAGAUCCCUGUCGUCGCCUACGAGGCCCGUGUCGUUGUCAUUCUCGACUCCUUCAUCACACAUUGCUCAGAUGCUGCACUCCCCAUCCAAUCUCCCCUUGGGCCGCAUGUCCACGGGUGGCCCUGGGUCUGACGACUCCAGGCCGGGAAUCCGCAUGAGGAGCCCAUCUCUGGACGACAACCGUAUUUCGCUCCGGAGCAACAGCAACAUUGGCUUUGCUCAUCCAGCCGCGCCAUCUUCUUCGUCGCCCUUAUCCCUGAGUUCUGUGUUUUCCACCAACCAUCGUGGCAAAGGAGUAGACGUGGCUGGGCAUGGACAGGUACAUGCCGACGACAACCAGGGGGACUCACAUCGGGAUGAGGAUACGGCUAAAACGAAACGAAAUACAUUCGGCGAAGUAAUACUGGACGAAGAGGCUCUCAGGCGCAUGAUGGCAUAA